AUGGCCCUGGCCCGCAGCCCCCGGGAAGCAUUGCUCUGGGCCUUGAAUGACCUUGAUGAAAACAGUUUCAAGACAUUAAAGUUCUAUUUAUUGGAUCAUGCCAGAAGCAUGUCUGGGAACCAGCGGCUCCUGACCCGUGGGGAGCUGGAGAACCUGGGUCAGGUGGACCUGGCAUCUCGGCUGAUUUUGAAGUAUGGAGCCCAGGAAGCUGUGAAGGUGGUGUGCCAGGUCUUGGAGGCCAUGAACCUGCUGGAACUCGUGAACCAGCUCAGCCACAUUUGCCUCAAUGAUUACAGAGCUAUAUACCGAGAGCAUGUGCUCAACUCAGAGGAGAGACGAGAAGGGGACGUCGGGAGCAGCUACAGCCAGCUACUCCUGGUGGCCAAGCUCCACUCGGGGAGCCCGGGCUCAUCUGCCUGCUCCAUCCCAGAACAGGAGGAGUUGGACUCGGUCAUGGUGGAUGCUCUGUUUGGUCCAGACCCUUCCUUAGUGGUGCUACAGGGAGCUGCUGGCACCGGAAAGACCACCUUGGCCCGAAAAAUACUGCUGGACUGGGCCUCUGGUACCCUAUAUGCAGACCGGUUUGAUUAUGUAUUUCACGUGAGUUGCAGAGACGUGGUCCUCUUGCUGUGGAACCAACUGGACAAGCUCCUGUGCUGGUGUUGUGGGGACAAUCAGGCUCCCGUUGCAGAGAUUCAGAGGGAGGCAGAGCGGCUCUUGUUCAUCCUGGAUGGCUUUGAUGAGCUGCAAAGGCCCUUUGCAAACCAAUUGGUGAAGCGAAGUUCGAGCCGCAUGGAGGAUGUGCUGCGCCUUCUAAUUAGGAGACAGAAACUUCCCAAGUGCUCCCUUCUCAUCACCACUCGGUCCCUGGCUUUGCAGAACCUGGAGCCUUUGCUGAAAGAACCGCUCCAUAUCCAUAUCCUAGGCUUCUCUGAGGAGGAGAGGGAGAGUUAUUUCAGCUCCUAUUUCGCAGAUAAGGAGCAAGCCAGAAAGGCUUUUGAGUUUGUACAAGGAAAUAAUGUCCUCUUCAAAGCAUGUCAGUUCCCGAGCAUCUGCUGGAUGGUCUGCUCCUGGCUGAAGGAGCAGAAGGAGAGAGACAAGGCCACCUCAGAGACACCCAGUAACAGCACUGACAUCUUCAUGGCCUAUGUCACUACCUUCCUGCCACCCAAUGAUAGUGGGGACUGCUCUGAGCUCUCCCGGCACAAGAUUCUGAGAGGUCUAUGCUCCUUGGCAGUGGAGGGCGUCCAGUGCCAGAGGUUAGUAUUUGAAGAAGCUGACCUCAAGAAGCACAAUCUAGAUGGCCCCAGCCUCACCGCAUUCCUGAGCAGCUAUGAUAACCCAGCGGGUCUUGACAUCAAGAAGUUCUACAGCUUCCGCCAUAUUACUUUUCAGGAAUUUUUUUAUGCCAUGUCCUACCUGGUGAAAGAGGACCAGAGCCAGCUGGGAGAAGCAUCCCGCAAGGAAGUGGAAAGGCUGCUGAAGGUAGAAAAGGAGAACAAGAGCGAGGCGAUGACCCUCACUGUGCAGUUUUUAUUAGACUUAUUGCAAAAAGAGAACUCCUUAAACUUUCAGCUUAAGUUUUGCUUCAACAUUUCUCCUUCUCUAAAGCAGGAUCUGAGGCGUUUUAAAGAACAAAUAGAAGCCAUAAAGCACAAAAGGCCCUGGGAUUUGGAAUUCUCCCUGUAUAAAUCUAAAAUGAAGAGUAUGUUAGGAGGUAUUGAGAUGAGUGAUGUAUUGUUUAAGGUGGGGCAUUCAAAUGAAAUAAAACCCCAUAGCAAGUGUUCAGUUUCUGUCAAAGCCAGCUUGGGUACUGGACAGGAAAAGGAGCAACAGUGUCCUCUCGUCGGCAAAAGAAAGAGAGUAAAGGCAUUAAAUGGGGCUAAUGGAAAAGACAGACAGGUAGAGGAACUAGACAAGGAAGUUGGGAGCAAUGGGAUGGAAGCAGAAAAAUGGGAACAAGCACAGGCACAGGGCGAAAAGGAUGGCCAGGUGAAGGACCAGGAGAAUGGGGAAAAGAGAAAGUAGAAAAGGUUAGAGAGAGACCAGACUGACAGGUAGAAGAAGGAGUAAAAGAUAGGAACAAACAGGAGGGAGAAUUAGAGAGCAGAUUAGAAGACUUGGAACAGAGGACCUGCAGAAAGACCAUGUGAAAUGAGGCCUCAGGGGCAACACAUUUACCACCAAUGGCUCAUGUUCAAGGAUUCAACCCCCUCCCUCUAGACGCUGUUCAUAACCUCAAAUAAUGUAGAAUCGAGUUG